UAAGUAGCAAUAGCCACCACAAUCACACUAGGAAAGUUACUACACUCUACACUCAUCUCUUAAAAACAGAUCUCUUUCUUAACAUUAGAUCUGUACAAUUAUCAUCAUUGGAAUCAUCAAACACAACGACAACAACAAUUGUAACCAUAAACGAUGAAUGUUUUUGAUGGAAACAAGUUCCUCAACACCCUCCUCCUCCUAAUCACAACCUUAAUCGCCGCUAAACUCAUCUCAUCAUUCAUAAUACCCAAAUCCAAAAAACGUUUACCCCCAAUUCUUCAAGGAUGGCCCAUUAUUGGAGGACUUCUUCGUUUCCUUAAAGGUCCAAUUAUAUUGCUCCGUGAAGAAUACCCAAAACUUGGUGGUGUUUUCACAUUGAAAAUCUUUCAUAAAAAUAUUACCUUUUUGAUUGGUCCUGAGGUUUCAGCACAUUUCUUUAAGGCCCCUGAAUCUGAUCUUAGUCAACAAGAGGUUUAUCAGUUUAAUGUUCCUACUUUUGGUCCUGGUGUUGUUUUUGAUGUUGAUUAUUCUGUUAGACAGGAACAGUUUCGCUUUUUUACUGAAGCUCUUAGGGUUAAUAAACUCAAGAGUUAUGUUAAUCAGAUGGUUUCCGAAGCUGAGGACUAUUUCUCAAAGUGGGGAUCAAGCGGUGAAGUUGAUUUGAAGUAUGAGCUUGAGCAUCUGAUCAUCUUGACAGCCAGUAGAUGUCUCUUGGGUCGUGAAGUUCGUGACAAGCUCUUCGAUGAUGUCUCUGCAUUGUUCCACGAUCUCGAUAACGGAAUGCUUCCAAUCAGUGUUCUCUUCCCAUACCUGCCAAUUCCGGCUCACAGGCGCCGUGACAACGCACGUAAAAAGCUUGCUGAAAUAUUUGCAAACAUCAUAUCUUCACGAAAAAUUGCCGACAAAUCAGAGGACGACAUGCUGCAGUGCUUCAUUGACUCAAAAUACAAAGACGGUCGCCCAACAACAGAAUCUGAAGUCACAGGACUCCUCAUUGCCGCUCUUUUCGCAGGACAGCACACCAGUUCAAUCACCUCCACUUGGACCGGAGCAUAUCUUCUGUGUAACAAACAGUACCUUUCUGCUGUGGAGGAGGAGCAAAAGAACUUGAUGGAGAAACACGGAGAUAGAGUUGAUCACGAUGUUUUGGCUGAGAUGGAUGUCUUGUAUAGGUGCAUUAAAGAAGCCCUGAGACUCCACCCUCCACUAAUUAUGUUGCUGAGAAGCUCACACAGCGAUUUCAGCGUCACAACAAGAGAGGGGAAAGAGUAUGACAUUCCCAAGGGUCAUAUAGUUGCUACAUCCCCUGCAUUUGCAAACAGGUUACCACACAUUUUCAAUGACCCUGAUAAGUAUGAUCCUGAUAGGUUUGCUGUUGGGAGGGAAGAAGACAAGGCAGCAGGGGCAUUCUCUUACAUUUCCUUUGGAGGUGGUCGACAUGGAUGCCUUGGAGAGCCUUUUGCAUAUCUGCAGAUAAAAGCAAUUUGGACUCAUCUUCUGAGGAACUUUGAACUGGAGCUUGUGUCACCUUUCCCUGAGAUUGAUUGGAAUGCCAUGGUUGUUGGAGUGAAAGGAAAAGUUAUGGUCCGAUACAAGCGGAGGGAGCUUUCUGUUAAUCAAUAGGGCCAUGAUAUGCUCCAGUGUACUGCUUGGAUUUCUUUUUUUGAAGCUUUUCUUGUUAGCAUUAUUGAUUCUGCUUCAUUGUCCAUGUUGACUGUUCAUUUGACCAUGGAUAACUAGAAUCUUGAUUUGGAAUUCUUUUUUUUUUUGUGCAAUUGUAGUAAGUGGUUUUAAAUAUUUUUUAUUUUAUUUUAUGAUUUAGUGAAUCAGAUGAUUGGAGUGGUGAUUACUUGUGUUAAA